AUGUACGGCGGAGGCAUGGGUUAUGGUGGCGGGGGAUAUGGCAGCUAUGGUGGCUACGGAAUGGGCGGAAUGGGUGGGAUGGGCGGGAUGUACGGAGGUAUGCCCGGGAUGGGAUAUGGCAUGCCCGGCCCUGGAGGGCCCUUCGACCCCAACAACCCCUCGCUCACACAAACACUCGAGUCCACCACCCAGCACACCUUCGCCCUCCUCCAUUCCAUCGUGCAGACCUUCAGUGGUGUUGCGCAGAUGCUCGAGUCCACCUUCAUGGCGACCCACUCCUCGUUCUUCGCCAUGGUCGGCGUCAUCGACCAAUUUGGACAGCUCCGCAACGCACUCGGCAGUGUCCUCGGCCUCUUCGGGCUCGUACGAUGGAUGCGCGACCUUCUCACUGGACGACGCGGACAAGGUUCCGCGGGCGCGAUGCGCGGGGAGUUCCGCGACUUUAUCAAUGGCCGCCCGGUACAGGGCCCGGCGGGCCCCCCGGCGCCCAAGGCCAGCAAGAAGCCGCUCAUCAUCUUCCUGCUCGCCAUCUUCGGUGUCCCGUAUGCGAUGCACAAGCUCGUACGCAUCCUCACCGAGCGUCAGCAGGCGCAGAUGGCUGCGGGCCAGAUCGCCGGACCUUUGCCGCCACUCGACCCCUCGCAGCUUACCUUCGCGCGGGCGCUCUACGCUUUCGAGGCAUCUUCUCCUGCCGAGCUAUCGCUCAAGGAGAACGAGAUUGUUGCUAUCAUGGGCAAGCUUGACCCGGCGACCGGAGCCGAGGUCGAUCCCAGGAUCGAGGUUGAGGGCAGUGAAUGGUGGAAGGGCCGCACAAGAGAAGGCAAGGAAGGCUGGUUCCCGAAGAAGUGGGUGGAGGUCUUGGAGAGGCGAAAACCGAUUGAGAACAGCGAGGCUAAGAAGGCGGAGUGA